GCUGCAUGAUCGCUCACCUGUACAAACCUCUAACCUGUAGCCACAUGUAUAUAUUCAGCUCAUUUAGUUGACCGCAUGAAUAUAUAUCUCCGUAUCACCGAUUUAGGGCGACACACAUGUCAGGAGAUUAUGCAUGCAAUUUAUGAGACGUACACAUGAAUCUGUGUUUCUUGUUGUGUUAGUUGGUCAAUGCAAAAGGUGUUAUGUCUGCUUUGUGGAUACAAAGGACUUGUCCUACACAAUUGGAUUUUUCGUUGGAAUUCAGUCGAUGGAUACGCACAUAAAGGAGGACUUUCUGGUCCAGUGACCACAGGCUAUAUUUGCCACGUCGGACAAAAAAACUCGAUGACCACGUAAUUUGACCCACAGAGAAUGGAAUGUGUUUACACACCUCCGCGACCAUUGGCCAUGGAUAUAGUGUAAUCUUUCUAAGGUGACUGUUCCAAAUGGACUUAAUCGUUCCGUAAAUAUUUAUGAAAAUAUUGUGCGGCAGAUGACCAAUGAUAGAAAUACGUUUAUAGAUUACUGCGGCUGUACAUGGCUACUAGUUCGUCUGAUGGUUAGUUGUGCUCCAUACCACACAGUCAGCCUUCCCACUUAUUGUGACCAUUGAUCGAGGAUGUGCUACCGGUAUUAACUGCCUCAGAUUAUUAUACAUGUAGAGUGAUCCUGUAUACAGAUCAUCACAUCUGUAUUGUCAAUUCUCUACAUAAGGUGUUUACAGUACAUCGACAGCGUGAACAGGUUUAUUGUGGAAAGGAAAUAAAGAUCUGCAAACCAGUGACUGGACAAAUAGUUAAAAGCUAAACCACGGAGACAGAUGUUUGAGGACUGUAUAUGAAGGCUUUAAUCAUGAACCCCAAUAUGGGGACUAACCCAUCACUCGCCAGUGACCCAACAGGGCACCUGCAGCAACUAAACCAUGGACAUGGUGCUAUGAGUGAUAGCCCCUAUGGCCUUGACCAUGGAAUGGACCACGGAGGAUACUUAACGCCCAAUGCCUAUGACCAGUACCUCUAUGGCCAGAAACAGGGUUAUCUCCCUCAACAUCACCCACAGGCACACAAAUCCAUAUUUGAUGGUGCAGGGAUGUAUGGCGAGAUGCAGAGUCCUAGCAAUAUGUCAGCAACCAGUCUUUCCCCAUCUCCACCCCCGCCUCCCCGAAUAUACAAACCAUGUGUCGUGUGUAGUGACAAAUCAUCAGGGUAUCACUAUGGUGUCAGCUCCUGUGAAGGAUGCAAGGGAUUUUUCCGUCGAAGUGUACAAAAAAAUAUGCAAUAUACUUGCCACAAGGACAAAAACUGCCCUAUCAACAAAGUAACGCGGAAUCGCUGUCAGUACUGCCGACUACAAAAGUGCUUCGCCUCAGGAAUGUCUAAAGAAGCUGUGAGAAAUGAUCGAAACAAGAAAAAGAAAAUGAAAGCCGAAAAUGACAGUAUGGAUGUAGCAUGCUCAACAGAAGAAGUUACGGACGAUGAUAUGGGUAUUUUACAAGAGAUUCUUGAUGCUCACAAUUCCACAUUUCCAAACAUAGAAGAGGAGGUCUUGUCUCCUGUGAGUACGAACCCAGCGUUAGGCAGUUCGGAGGAGACCGAAAUUAAAGGGGAAAAGGAUCAAGAUGAAAACUGUGACAAGAAUAAAGAUAAAACUGUGAAAUUAAUGUUGUGGGAACGUGUGACAGAACUUUCAUCCAAAGGGAUUAUUAAAAUAGUGGAAUUUGCAAAAAAGAUUACUGGAUUUACUUCCCUUUCCUCAUCAGAUCAAAUUACAUUAUUAAAGGCAGCCUGUUUAGAAAUUAUGAUAUUACGAUUGUGUUCACGGUACAACCUUGAUCAGGAUGUGAUGAUGUUCAGUGGAGGACUUACUCUGGAUCGUGAUCAGUUACAAAAUGGAGGUUUCGGAUCACUUACAGAAACAAUAUUUAAAUUUGCUUCCUCUCUCAAAAUGUUGGAAAUUGAUGAUAUGGAAUUCGCUGUGUUAUCUGCUGUGUGUUUAAUAAGUGGAGAUCGAUCCGGUUUAGAAAAUCCACGAAAAAUAGAAGAAAUGCAGGAACCCAUUUUAGAGGCCUUGAAACAUUACAUUAGAACAAGGCGGAAAGAUCAACCAAUUACGUGGGCGAAGAUGUUGAUGAAGGUGACAGACUUGCGGAGUAUAAGUGUGAAAGGAGCAGAAAGAGUGCUUCAUCUGAGAUUGGAAAUGCCGGACGAAUUACCUCCCUUGAUCAUCGAGAUGUUGGAUAGAUCAGAGAAUGUGUGUUUGCCUUGAUGAACUAGGGCUAUCAUAGCUAAAUUAUGUAUACGGUGAUAUUAUCUUAAUCCACAAUGCUUACACAACCUUAUCAUGGAUGAGAGAGUAAAAAGAAAACCUGGAUUUUUUUUCUCUCCAAAAUAUUGGAAAUAGAAUAUGAAAAACAUCUGGCAUACAAAUAGCUGAAAAGGAAGAAUGAAUUGUUGUCAAUGUUGAGUGUGGGGAACCUUGCUGAUUGUGUUUCUCUACAUUCAUACUCAAAAUGGACCCGGUUUUAAGGAUGUGUUUUAACACUUCCUUUCUAAAAGAUUUCUACACAGAUAAAUCUUUGAAAAUAUGUCUGAACAGUUGUAUUUAAUUCAGACAGUUUAUUUGUUAUAUUACAUUUGAAAAUAUACACAAAAUAUGCAUAAUGCUCAAGGUAAAUCUGGAUUGUUUACAAUUAAAUUAGAAUAUUAAUAGCAACUGCAUGGUUGGAUAUAGAAAAAAGGAUUAUAUCCCCUGAUGCUGGAUUAUUGGAUUAGUUCAUCACAAAGGAAUGGUGUGGAGGAUUUGAGGCUAAUUUUCAGACUGAAUCAUUACUAGUGACAAUGUAAAUAAAAAAAAAAAAUCAAAGGGG